AUGAAGUUCCUCAACAUCCUCGCGCUUGCGUCCGUCGCGGCUGCCUUUCCCACUCUAUCGGAGACGUCCAUCAACGAGGUUGACGUUCGUGACCUGGAGGCUCGCGAACUCGAAGCCCGCCAGCGCAGCGGCCGCGUAGGCUCCACGGCCAAGGAGUUCAGCCAGGGCGGCUGCAAGGACGUCAUCAUGUUCUUCGCUCGCGGCUCGACCGAGGUCGGCAACAUGGGCACCGUCUGCGGCCCUCCCACUGCCAACGGCGUCAAGGCCAACUUCCAGAGCGUAGCUGUCGAGGGGGUCGACUACGCAGCUGGCCUGGCGACCAACACGCUUCCCGGCGGCGCGGACCCCAAAGGCAUUGCCGAGAUGAAGAGGCUUAUUGCCCAGGCCAACUCCGACUGCCCCAACUCCAUGCUUGUCGUGGGCGGCUACAGUCAGGGCGCGGCACUCACCCAUCGCGCGGUUGAGGACCUCCCGCAGGCCCAAAAGGACCAGAUCGUUGCGGCCUUCACCUUUGGGGACACUCAGAACACCCAGGACAAGGGUCAGAUUCCCAACUUCCCCAAGGAGAAGACCAAGAUCAUCUGCGCCGCGGGCGACGCCGUCUGCAGGGGCACGCUCACCAUCCUCCCCGCCCACUUGUCUUACGGCGCAAACGCCGAUGAGAUGGCCGACUUCAUCUCGCAGAAGCUCACAGCCGCGGGUGCACAGAGGCGCAAGUAG